AUGAAUUUUGUUCAGGAAAGUUUUCAUGAAAGAAAAAUCAAACACCAAACUUUUUGUGAAAACUUCGUGAUAGUAGCAGAUGAAAUUGAUUCCAUUAAGACAAAGGCGGCUAAGCUCAAGGAAUUUUGGGGCACAACAGAUCUGCACCAAAGCCAGAGGACUUCUUUUCCUACUGGACAAUCAAGACUUCCUUCAAUCGGCAAGAAUGAUAUGGUCGGGUUUCAUAAUGAUUUGAAUCAAAUAAUCGAUCGACUCACUGGAAAUCAAGGUGCACUCCAACUCAUCCCCGUUACUGGCAUGGGAGGUAUUGGCAAGACCACACUUGGUAAAAAUGUUUACAAUGAUCCUCGUAUUAAAGACCAUUUUCACACUCGUGCCUGGGUAUCAAUUUCUCAAGAAUAUCGUGAGCGAGAAGUCUUGCUGAACCUUCUGGAUUCCAUGGAACAGCUCAGUGCUGAAAUGUGUCAAGAGAACAGUACUGCAAAAUUAAAAGAUUAUCUACAUAAAAGUUUAAUAGGUAUGACGUAUCUUGUUGUGUUGGAUGAUAUUUGGACUACCGAGGCUCGGGGUUCUUUGAGAAGGAUAUUUCCAGACGAACGGAAUGGAAGCAGGAUCAUGUUGACAACACGGCUGUUGUGUGUGGUUGACUCCCGUCAUUCUCCCCAUCGUAUGCAAUUUCUAAAUGAGACUGACAGUUGGAAUCUACUUUGUCAGAAGGUGUUUGGUGAAGAUUUUUGCCCUCUUGAACUGGAGGAAGUUGGAAAGGAGAUUUCAAAUAAUUGCAAAGGACUUCCACUUUCCCUUGUCGUGAUUGGCAACCACCUUUCCAAAGUCAACCGGACAAAAGAUCACUGGGAGUACGUUGCAGAAAAUGUCAAGUCAGUUGUAAAUGCAGCGGAUGAAAAUUGCUCUGAAAUACUUUCCUUAAGUUACGAUUACUUGCCUCAUUAUUUCAAAGCACGUUUUCUCUAUAUGGGAGUUCUUCCAGAGGAUGAUGAAAUUCGUGUCUCCAAACUCAUCAAGUUAUGGGCUGCAGAGGGAUUUCUAAAACCAGUCAGAGGUAAAACCUUGGAAGAAGUGGCAGAGGAAUUUUUGGGAGAUCUAAUUUCCAGAAAUCUUAUUUUGAUUAGUAAGAAGAGUUCUAGUGGAAAGAUAAAAACAUGUAGCAUCCAUGAUAUGUUAAGGGACCUAUGCGUAAGAAAAGCCCAGGAGGAUAAGUUUUUUCAUGUCACCGUCACAAAUAAAGAUUUCAAAAUCUAUGCUGAAGGCAUAAAAUAUUCACGUCGCCUAUGUAUUCAUCCAGAUAUUUUUCAAAAGGAAUUGUCAAACAGUGACAAUUCAAAUGUCAAUACAUCCGUGGGAUCCUUGCCACCAAUCCGUUCUACUUUGUGUUCCCAUUUGGCUGGCGAGAUUUAUGAAUCAGGCAACAGAAAUCUUUUUCCACUGCUCAGGGUGUUGGAUCUUGGUAAAGGAAAAGUAGAUGGUUUCCCGAUCAAAAACAAAAUUAGUUCACGCAAGGUACCUUUCUUUCUCCGGACCUUAAUAGUAGAUUGUGAAGAUGUACAUCUACCAGAGGAAAUAUGGAGGAUGCCACAAUUAAGGCAUCUCCUGUUUGGGAUGUGUUAUUUGCCGUGCCCUGCUAGAUCACCAAUAGAUGGAGAUAAUUUAAUUCUAGAAAACCUUUUAACAUUGUCGAAAGUGAGUAGUGUCAGCUGUACCAAGGAGGUCUUUGAAAGAGUUCCAAAUCUUAAAAAGUUGGGAAUUUUUAGUGAACAAUGGAUUACAUCACCCCUUUCUCUAGGUACUCUGGUUAAUCUUCCUCAACUUGAGAACUUGAGAAUCAGAAAUGUAUUUAGUACCCUGAUGAAUUUCACUUUCCCACCAAAUAUCAAAAAGUUAACGUUAGAUGGUUGCAGAAUUCCUUGGAAACAUAUGACUAUUGUUGGUUCAAUGCCCAACCUGGAAGUGCUCAAACUGCGAUAUCAUGCCUUUUAUGGGCCAGAAUGGGAGCCAGGAGAAGGAGAAUUUUGCAAACUAAAGUUUCUUCUACUUCAUUCCAUGCGUCUAAAGCAAUGGAGAGCUGAUAAGACUCACUUCCCAAGCCUUGUGCGCCUAAUUCUUAGAGCAUGUCUAGAACUAGAGGAAAUCCGUUGUAGUAUUGGAGAUAUAUCAACGCUUCAAAUCAUUGACUUGGACGACGCUAGCCCUUCGGCUGUGACUUCGGCAAAGAAAAUACAAGAAGAACAAAGGAACUUGGGAAAUGAUAGCCUUCAAGUUCGUUUCAGUAACUUUUUCCACUUCAUGUUUCUAAAGAGAAAGGAAGCAGAGGCUGAAAUAUGUGGGUCAACUGACGAUACACUGCUACUCAAGGCCACAAAACAGUUUCACACAAAUCUUUAUCGUGACCCAGUUGAGGAAGUAGCAUCUGCAGUCGUUCCUCGACUCUUUGAGUUUCUUAAAAGAGAUGAUUACCCGCAGCUUCAGUGUGAGGCAGCAUUGGCUAUAACAGGUAUUUCAAAUUCUUCAUCUGAUAUGAUCAACACGCUGAUUGAUCAUGGCUCAGUUCCCAUUAUGGUGAGCCUUCUUAGUUCUCCCAAGGACGUUCUUCGUGGACAGGCCAGCGAUGAACACUACUACUCAACACAUAGGAUUAUUCAAUAUGUUGACAAAAUGUCAACAGAGCUCGUAGUUACACAAAGGAGAAAUGCCCACUGGAAAACUCCACUCAUAAUCUCUCAAUCUCUAUCCGCACUUCACGUUUUAGGAAAAUUUGCCGUUGACUCAACAAAAUCUCGUGAUAUUGUCCUUAGUUAUGGAGUGUUAAUGCCCUUACUGGCACAAUUUAAUGACGAAACAAAACUUUACAUCACGAGAAAGGCGAUGUGGACAUUUUCAUUGCUUUGUGCUGGAAAGCCAAAGCCUCAGUUUGAGCAGGUUUAUCUUCUAAUUGCUUUUCUGUUCAGUUUUGAUGCAUAUCAAUACUGCUGA